AUGGGCCAUGAGAAGGAAAACGACGCCGUGAAGAACAUCCAGGCUCUGUCGUUCUGGAUCUCCUUUACCGUCGUCUGCAUACUGUGCGUCCUACUCCUCGUUCAACGUAUCAGACGACGACAUCUGGGCAGAUACGCACCGCUAGAGAGGCAAAUGGAUCCGCGACACUUUUCUUUUGGCGAAAAAGAGAGGCGUGGUGGCGACGAGGAACUAGCUGGCCUAGUGGGCCACGGAGUGCCCUACUAUCCAAGAGACCCGUCGACCUACGGUGUCGCCGGACUCCCUUCAGCCUGUGAUAUUCUGCUGCCCCUGUCCCGGUCGACACAUCUACCCUCGAGUGGUUAUCUUGCUGCCGUUCUAGGCCGGAAACAGAGUGUCAGCACCGCGCAAUCAUAUCCGCAGAUUCAGGCUCCUUGCGCUGUUGCCCCAUCCGAGCUGAGCCCCAACUCGGGAGAUAGUCGGCCAUCCACCUCUGGGACGGACGCUGGGCGCAGCAACAGGCUUUUGCGAUCUGGAUCUCUUGGAUCUUGCAUUGAGACCGCCGAUCGACCGGCUGGGUCACAGACGCUCGACGCGCAUGAAUUUUCCGAGACGGCGGCCCCAGAACGGACAUGUUCUGUCCUGAAGCGCAACCAGGUUGUCCAGCACCUCUACGACGUGGAUGAAGGAGGCGUGCGUACGUAUAAACGAACCAUGCUGCAGUACAACUAA